GAGCUGGAGGGGGAGGUACUACCUGACGCCGCCCACUGCCACUGCUGUUCCAGGCUGUGCUCACUCUGCCUCCCUGUCCGGCAUGUCUGUGCCUUCCCUGGGGCUGGAAGCAGGGUAUCUUAUGUGACAAAAGCCUUCUUUCCAAAGCCUCGGAAAUACCAGUGUGUGGCUGAGCAUGGUGGCUCGCAAUCCAGUGCUUUGAGAGGCCACGGUCGGAGGACUGCAUGAGGCCAGGAGUUUGAGACCAGCCUGGGCAACAUCAUGAGACCUCGUCUCUACAAAAAAUUAAAAAUUAAUUAGCUGGGUGUAGUGGCACACACUUGUAGUCCCAGCUACUCAGGGGCCUGAGACAGGAGGAUCACUUAAGCCCAGGAGGUCAAGGGUGUAGUGAGCUAUGAUCAUGCCAUUGCAUUCCAGCCUGGUUGACAAAGUGAGACCCUGUCUCUAAAAAUAAAAAAAGAAAGAAAAAUAAAUAAAUAUCCAUGAGCACGUCUAGGCUUGGGAGGAGGAAGGGGUGGUAUCAAGGAGGGAGACCCAGCGGUGUAGAGCAGUGGCCGGUGCCAGAGCUGGGUCUGCUUUCUCUACGCAGUGUCUGCUGAGCACCUGCCACGGGCUGAACACACCUGGGUUUGGAUCCUGGCUCUCUUUCGUGACAAGGAGAACUUACUUUCUCUGUGUGUGUUUCCUCAUCUGUUAAAUGGGAAUUAGGGCACUUUAAUAUUUAUCCCACAGCCUUGUGGAUGUGAGGGAGAUGGGCCAGGUCAUGGUAGGUCCUUUCCUCCCUUGCGGGGGGCUUGUUGUAUUUUCCCGGGCAUUGGAGUCGGAACUCUGUCAGCCAACUGAGGGGGUGGGUGCAGGGUGGGGAAUAGUAGCUCUUGAGCUGUCACGCAAACUCAGUGAGGAAGACGAUGCUCAUGCUCGCGUUGCACUUGCCGCAUGCCAGGCACCAUUCUGAGCCUUUUGCACAUAUUAACUCACUGAAUCCUCUCCCAGCCACAUGAGGUAGUACUGUUAUUAUCCUCAUUUUCCAGAUGAGAGGAUGAGGUUAAGUAACUUGUCCAGGGGCUCAGUGGUCAAGACAGAAUUUCCACCCAGACAGCGUGCCCGUAGCAUUCAUGCCACUGACCACCAGGCGGUGCCGGUACAUGGCCAACGCCAGCGUCUUUGAUGUGUUGUUCUACUGUCUGAUGGGUAGGAGAGGUCACAUAAGCCUGCAUGCGUGUAGCCAGGAGACACCAAAGGACAAUGCUUGGAGGGCAGGGACUAGAGUGUGGGCAUCCAGGUGGAUUCCAGCUGGUAGGGAGCUCAGAUGGUGCCCAGCAGGAAGUUUGGUGAUUAAGGCUUUAGAAUGAGACAGUCCUGGCCGGGCACAGUAGCUCACGCCUGUAAUCCUAACACUUUAGGAGGCCGAGGUGGAAGGAUUGCUUGAGGCCAGGAGUUUGAAAACAGCCUGGGAAACAUAGUGAGACCUCAUCUCUACAAAAUCAAAAAAUUAGCUAGGCGUGGUGGUGCCUGCCUGUAGUCCCAGCUACUUGACAGGCUGAGGUGGGAGGAUUGCUUGAGCCCAGGAGGUUGAGGCUGCCAUGAGCUAUGAUCACACCACUGUACUCCAGCUUGGGCGACAGAGCAAGACAAACAAACAAAAAGAAUCAGACAGACCUGGGUUUGGUCACAUCUGCCUUAUACUGGCUGUGCCUUAGGCAAGUUGCCUACCCUUUCAGAGCCUCUGAGGCCUCAUCUGUGUCACAGGAAUAAGAAAAGAACAUCCCUUCUAGGGUUGCUGGGAGGAUGAAGUGAGAGAAUAUCUGCCGUGUGGUGUUGGUGAUGGGGGUGAUGCCGGAAGCCUGCACAGCCUGUGUAUUCAUAAGUUUCUAUGUCUCCAGACACUAAAGUGUUAGACUCCAGAGAGAGUGGGGAGUGGUCCAGGAAAGGCCUGAUGCUCAUAGGAGACUGGUCCCUGCACCACAAACAAGAUUUUCACUUCUUGCCACGUAAGGAUAGGAUAUGGGGACCGUGGAGAAGAAGCAGGCAGAAACUUGCCAGCAGAGUGGCUGGCACACAUAGCGGCAUUUUUGAGAGGCAGUGAAGCCGGUUUUUUAUCUAGGUCAGGGACAGGAUUGGAUAGGGGGAGGAGGGUGGCGCCAGGGGUUGGAACUGCCUGGGUCCAGCCAGGAGAAGGCAGAGAGUAAGCUGAGUGGAUGCACAGCCUUUCAGCCUUGGCACAGUGAGGGAGAUGAAAGCAGGGGUGGCUGGGGUUGGGGCACCACAGAGAGCCCCAGUGGAGUGGUGAGGGGUGAUGUGAUGAAGUCAGCGGGGGGCAUUCAUUCCCUGCCCUGGGAGCAGAGGCCCUUCUAGUGUGUCAGGCUCUGGGCAGAGGGCAGCAGCCCCUGGGCAUGCAUCGGAGCUUCCAGCCUGGGAAGACCUUGGAGAUCAUCUUGGCCAGAGUGAAGACCCACCCAGGUAGGGCCAGGACCACCUGUGGGCUGUGCACAUGUGACCCUGAUGAGGAAGUGCCCCAAACUACAUGUCAUGUUCUUCAUUUCCAAAUCAAUCAGGCCAUGUGGGAGUCAUCCUUGCUGCAGCAUCGCUUGCACUCGCCUCCAGCCCAUACAUCAAUGGGAGAGAAAGGGCCUGAGUUUCAGCGUAAAUACCCUGGAAUUGAUGACAUGGAAGCUUACCGGACCCAGAACCGCUUCCUCAACUCCGAGAUCCACCAGGUCACAAAGAUCUGGAGAAAGGUGGCUGAGAAGGAGAAGGCCCUCCUGACGAAGUGCGCCUACCUCCAAGCCAGAAACUGCCAGGUGGAAAGCAAGUGCCUGGCCGGUCUGAGAAGGCUGCAGGAGGCCCUGGGGGACGAAGCCAGCGAGUGCUCAGAACUGCUGAGGCAGCUCGUCCAGGAGGCGCUGCAGUGGGAAGCUGGGGAGGCCUCAUCUGACAGCAUUGAGCUGAGCCCCAUCAGUGAGUAUGAUGAGUAUGGCUUCCUGACGGUGCCCGACUAUGAGGUAGAAGACCUGAAGCUGCUGGCCAAGAUCCAGGCCCUGGAGGUACGCUCCCACCACCUGCUGGGCCUCGAGGCUGUGGAUCGGCCGCUGCGGGAGCGCUGGGCUGCCCUGGGCAAUCUUGUGCCCUCAGCUGAGCUCAAGCAGCUACUGCGGGCAGGAGUGCCCCGUGAACACCGGCCUCGUGUCUGGAGGUGGCUGGUCCACCUCCGUGUCCAGCACCUGCACACUCCAGGCUGCUACCAGGAACUGCUGAGCCGGGGCCAGGCCCGCGAGCACCCUGCUGCCCGCCAGAUUGAGCUGGACCUGAACCGGACCUUUCCCAACAACAAACACUUCACCUGCCCCACCUCCAGCUUCCCCGACAAGCUCCGCCGGGUGCUGCUGGCCUUCUCCUGGCAGAACCCCACCAUCGGCUACUGCCAGGGCCUGAACAGGCUGGCGGCCAUUGCUCUGCUGGUCCUAGAGGAGGAGGAGAGCGCCUUCUGGUGCCUGGUGGCCAUUGUGGAGACCAUCAUGCCCGCUGAUUACUACUGCAACACGCUGACGGCAUCCCAGGUGGACCAGCGGGUGCUCCAGGACCUGCUCUCGGAGAAGCUGCCCAGGCUGAUGGCCCACCUGGGGCAGCACCACGUGGAUCUCUCCCUCAUCACCUUCAACUGGUUUCUCGUGGUCUUUGCGGACAGUCUCAUUAGCAACAUCCUCCUUCGGGUCUGGGAUGCCUUCCUGUACGAGGGGACGAAGGUGGUGUUUCGCUAUGCCUUGGCCAUUUUCAAGUACAACGAGAAGGAGAUCUUGAGGCUACAGAAUGGCCUGGAAAUCUACCAGUACCUGCGCUUCUUCACCAAGACCAUCUCCAACAGCCGGAAGCUGAUGAACAUCGCCUUCAACGACAUGAACCCCUUCCGCAUGAAACAGCUGCGGCAGCUGCGCAUGCUCCACCGGGAGCGGCUGGAGGCUGAGCUGCGGGAGCUGGAGCAGCUUAAGGCUGAGUACCUGGAGAGGCGUGCAUCCCAGCGCAGAGCCAUGUCCGAGGGCUGCGCCAGCGAGGACGAGGUGGAGGGGGAAGCCUGACUUGGCCACCUCCCCUCCCCAAAGCCUUCCUCACCCUUGGCUGGCAGACCCACUGGAGGUCAGGCACGGACCAGUGGCCCAGCCCUGGGUGUCCCAUCACCAUGUGACCCUGGACACGUCCCUUCCCCUCUCUGGACCUCAGUUUCCCCACUGGGACAUUGUGUGCUGCGAAGCCAUUGAUUGGGCUACUUCUUCAUAGGCACUUACUUACCCAGAGAUGCCACCCUUUUGUCACCUCUUCCACAGAGCACUUUGGCAUGUAAACAAGCAAGAGCACUGCCUCUAUAGGGUAACCUGGAACAUUCUCUAGGUUAUAUCAGUAUAAAACAAUGUAAAUGGUGGAAAUCAUUUAUAAGCUUUGGAACUUAAACAGUUCUCAGUUA